AGUCACGUGGGUGCCCGGCCCCGCCCCGUCGCGCGGUCCGCGGCAAGGUGGGGCCUGGCGUUUGCCCCGGAAGUGGCUGUCUUCAGCUGACAGCUGCUGAUAAGGUGGCGGUGGCGGCGGCGGCGGCGGCGGCAGGCCCGGAGCAAGAUGGCGCUGCGGCCGGGAACAGGAUCUGGCGGCGUCGGGGCCGCAGGAGCUGGCGCGGGGGCCGCCGGGGGAGGCAGCUUCAUGUUUCCUGUUGCAGGUGGAAUAAGACCCCCUCAAGCAGGCCUGAUGCCAAUGCAGCAACAAGGAUUUCCCAUGGUCUCUGUCAUGCAGCCUAAUAUGCAAGGCAUGAUGGGAAUGAAUUACAGCUCUCAAAUGUCCCAGGGACCUAUAGCUAUGCAGGCAGGAAUACCAAUGGGACCGAUGCCAGCAGCAGGAAUGCCUUACCUGGGACAAGCACCCUUCCUGGGCAUGCGUCCUCCAGGCCCACAGUACACUCCAGACAUGCAGAAGCAGUUUGCUGAAGAGCAGCAAAAACGAUUUGAACAGCAGCAAAAACUCUUAGAAGAAGAAAGAAAAAGACGCCAGUUUGAAGAACAGAAGCAAAAGCUCAGACUUCUGAGUAGUGUGAAACCCAAGACAGGAGAGAAGAGUAGAGAUGAUGCUUUGGAAGCCAUAAAAGGAAAUUUGGAUGGAUUUUCCAGAGAUGCUAAAAUGCACCCUACUCCAGCAUCGCACCCCAAGAAACCAGAUUGUCCCACAUCAUCUCAUUCUACUAAAACUAUCUCCCCAUCACCUGCCUUUCUUGAUGAAGAAGAAUUCAGUGACUUUAUGCAGGGGCCUGUUGAAGUUCCCCCAUGUGGGCCUUCCUCUUCGUCCCAGCCCUUUCAGUCUUUCCACCCCACCACCCCACUUGGCCAGUUGCAUGCACAGAAGGCUGGGGCACACCCUCUCCCGCCAGGUCAGAUUCCAGUGUCUUUUGCCUUACACGGUGUCCCCGGUCAAAUUCCUUAUUUCUCUACUGCUUCAGCCUCACACAAUGUACAGAAAGCAGGCCCUUCCUUGGAAGAGAAGCUCAUAGUAUCUUGUGAUAUAAGUACAUCUGGGCAGGAACAAAUUAAAUUAAAUACUUCUGAAGUUGGGCACAAAGGCCUAGGCCCAGGUUCCAGUAAGAACCAUCCCAGUUUAACGGCCAGUAACGGGGGUGCUGUAGAUGGAUGUGUAAGUGGUACCACCCCUGCAGAGGCAGAAAAGGCUUCAGACCAAAACCUGUCAAAUGAAGAGAGUGGUGUGGGAGUAUUUCCUUCACAAGAUUCUGUUCAGCCCAGAAUGCCUCCUUGGAUUUAUAAUGAGAGUUUGGUUCCAGAUGCCUAUAAGAAAAUUUUAGAAACCACAAUGACUCCUACUGGAAUAGAUACUGCUAAACUUUAUCCCAUUCUGAUGUCAUCUGGACUUCCCAGAGAAACUCUUGGACAGAUAUGGGCCUUAGCUAAUCGAACUACACCUGGCAAACUUACUAAAGAAGAACUUUAUACCGUUCUCGCCAUGAUAGCAGUAACACAGAGGGGCGUUCCUGCCAUGAGUCCUGAUGCUUUAAACCAGUUCCCAGCAGCUCCUAUUCCAACUUUAAGUGGCUUUCCUAUGACUCUGCCUACCCCUGUGAAUCAGCCGACUGUGAUACCUUCAGGCCCUGCAGGCUCCAUGCCCCUCAGCCUGGGACAGCCAGUCAUGGGCAUUAACAUUGUUGGACCAGUGGGUGGAGCUGCAGCCCAGGCUUCUAGUGGCUUUAUGCCAACUUACCCUGCAAAUCAGGUGGUAAAGCCAGAAGAAGAUGACUUCCAGGAUUUUCAAGAUGCCUCUAAGUCAGGAUCCCUUGAUGACUCAUUCAGUGAUUUCCAAGAGUUGCCUGCUUCUUCAAAAACAAAUAAUGCCCAGCAUGGAAACAGUGCCCCUUCUUUGUUGAUGCCACUUCCUGGAACUAAAGCAUUGGCUUCAAUGGAUAAAUAUGCUGUUUUUAAAGGAAUUGCAGCUGACAAGUCUUCUGAAAAUACUGUUCCACUUGGAGAGCAUGGUGAUAAAUACAGUGCUUUCAGAGAACUCGAGCAGACAACAGAGAAUAAACCUUUAGGAGAAAGCUUUGCAGAAUUCAGAUCUGCAGAUGAUGGUUUCACCGAUUUUAAAACAGCCGAUAGUGUAUCACCACUAGAGCCACCAACAAAAGACAAAACUUUUCCAGCAUCCUUCCCCUCAGGAACUAUACAACAGAAACAACAAACACAAGUGAAAAAUCCUCUGAACUUAGCAGACCUAGAUAUGUUUUCCUCAGUUACUUGCAGCAGCGAGAAACCAUUAUCUUUUUCAGCUGCAUUUAGCACAUCAAAAUCAGGUUCCACACAGCCACAGCCAACAGGUUCUGCUGCAACUACGACAGCAUUGGCAUCAACUAAAACUUCUAGUUUGGCUGAUGAUUUUGGAGAAUUCAACCUUUUUGGGGAAUAUUCUAGUCCUGCAUCGGUUGGGGAGCAGGAUGACUUUGCAGAUUUUAUGGCUUUCAGUAAUAGCUCUAUUUCAUCUGAGCAAAAGGCAGAUGACAAAUAUGAUGCCCUUAAAGAGGAAGCAAGUCCUGUUUCUCUAACCAGCAACGUGGGGAGCACAGUGAAGAGCGGACAAAACCCCACAGCUACGUCUACCAAGUACGAUGUCUUCAAACAACUUUCUCUGGAAGGAUCUGGACUAGGUGUUGAAGACCUGAAAGAUAACACUCCUUCAGGAAAAAGCGAUGAUGAUUUUGCUGACUUCCACUCCAGUAAAUUUUCUUCCAUGAACUUGGACAAAUCCCUGGGAGAGAAAGCAGUGGCUUUUAGGCACACCAAAGAAGACUCUGCUUCAGUGAAGUCCUUGGAUCUCCCUUCCAUUGGUGGCAGCAGUGUUGGAAAGGAGGACUCUGAAGAUGCACUCUCUGUUCAGUUUGACAUGAAAUUGGCUGAUGUGGGAGGAGAUCUUAAGCAUGUCAUGUCUGAUAGCUCUUUGGAUUUACCAACAGUUAGUGGCCAGCAUCCUCCUGCCGCAGAUAUAGAGGACUUAAAAUAUGCUGCUUUUGGAAGCUACAGUAGCAAUUUUGCAGUGAGCACACACACAAGCUAUGACUGGUCAGACAGGGAUGAUGCAUCUCAGGGCAGAAAACUCUCUCCAUUUGUCCUCUCAGCAGGAAGUGGAUCCCCCUCAGCUGCCUCAGUUCUUCAAAAGAGAGAGACCUCAUUUGGCAGCUCUGAAAACAUCACCAUGAUGUCUCUCUCCAAAGUAACGACCUUUGCAAGUGAAGAUGCUCUUCCAGAGACUGCCUUCCCAUCUUUUGCCAGUUUUAAGGACAUGAUUGCACAGACCUGUGAGCAAAAGGAAUAUGAAACCAGGGACUAUAAAGAUUUGACAAGACAGGACCUGCCUACAGCUGAACGGAGCCAAGAGGCCUUGUGUCCAAGCCCAGCUUCCAGCAGUGCCUCUCACGAAACCCCCAAAGAAUGUUCAGAUGACUUUGGAGAGUUUCAAAGUGAAAAGCCCAAAAUCAGCAAAUUUGACUUUUUAGUGGCCACUUCACAAAACAAAAUGAAAUCCAGUGAAGAAAUGAUCAAAAGUGAGCUAGCGACCUUUGACCUUUCUGUUCAAGGAUCACACAAGAGGAGUUUGAGCCUUGGUGAUAAAGAAAUAAGCCGUUCUUCUCCUUCUCCAGCUUUGGAGCAGCCUUUCAGAGACCGUUCGAACACUUUGAGUGAGAAGCCUGCUCUGCCUGUCAUCCGUGACAAGUACAAGGAUCUCACGGGAGAGGUAGAGGAAAAUGAGAGAUAUGCAUAUGAAUGGCAGAGAUGCCUGGGGAGUGCCCUGGAUGUCAUUAAGAAGGCAAAUGAUACCUUAAAUGGAAUCAGUAGUAGUUCUGUUUGCACAGAAGUAAUUCAGUCAGCUCAAGGCAUGGAAUAUUUAUUGGGUGUUGUUGAAGUGUACAGGGUAACCAAGCGUGUGGAGCUGGGGAUAAAAGCCACUGCAGUGUGCAGUGAGAAACUCCAGCAGUUGCUGAAGGACAUCGAUAAAGUAUGGAAUAACCUAAUUGGCUUCAUGUCACUCGCCACACUCACACCAGAUGAAAAUUCGCUGGACUUUUCCUCCUGUAUGCUGCGGCCGGGGAUUAAAAACGCUCAGGAACUUGCUUGUGGGGUGUGCCUCUUAAAUGUGGACUCCAGGAGCCGAAAAGAAGAGAAGCCUGCAGAAGAACGUCCUAAAAAAGCAUUCAACUCAGAAACAGACAGUUUCAAGCUGGCAUAUGGAGGGCACCAGUAUCACGCCAGCUGUGCCAACUUCUGGAUCAACUGUGUUGAACCAAAACCUCCUGGCCUCAUCCUGCCUGAUUUACUCUGAAAAGCUCCUCUAUGAAGCACCAACUGUUUUUUUUUUUCUUGUCAUACCCCCUGGGGUGACAGGGACCAAUAAACAGAAUUCAAGUACUGCAAAGUUCACAUCCAUGAAUCUGCAUGAAGAAUUCCCCAAGAGGUAGGGUGGGGGGAGCACUGUGGAGGGUCCCAGUCAUUCCUACAGAGCCUUUGGUCCCUCAUUCCCACUGCCAGUCCUUGGGAUUGAGUGCAAUGGCCCUACCUAAACGGCAUGUGGCACCAGAAGUUUGCUCACUUAUCUCUAGUUCUCUUAAGAUGUUUUAAAAUAUGGACCACAAUUUUCUCUGUCUAAGGAAUGAUUUGCUGCUGCAAUACUGAAACUGUGAAGAAUCGACAUUUGAAGAAAAAUAUUGUUGUGGGACUGGAAUUGGCAAGACUGUUUUGAGCCAGCGCUUAUUUAUUUCUAAAACACAUUUUGUCCUGUGAAGCAGAAUGCAUUUAUCCACAUUCAGUUUGUUCAUACCUGCAAUGAAUAAAAAGGGGAAAUUGUGAUUAAACUGAUGCUCUAUCUUUUUAUAGAGAAGGUUCUGCUGGUCUCCACUGGACAAUGCCAGGCAGGUAAGGGCAGAUUUUACCAACUUUGCUGUCACAGCUGAACCAAUUCUCUGCUCCUUUCCUUCAUUUCUAAAACUGUCAACUCUCAAAAAGACUUUCUCCCAAAACAUGCCUGGGCAUUUUGCAGUGGUGAAGAACAUUCAUUUUGACAGAAGCCCAAAUCCUGUGGAUCAGGAUGAAUAUCUUUCCCCUUAGGAGUCUCCGCUGAAAACCUGUUUUGCCUCACACGAAGACUGAACAUGGAUCUCAGACAAGACUUGGAAAGGCAGAGGAAUGAAAUCUUUGUGGCAGCCCGUCUCCAGAUUUCCAAGGAUACUGCAUAGGGACCAACACUGCCUGUUGAUGAUAAAGACCUGAAAAUUAAUUCAGGUGAAAAUGUGGAGUUCCCAGCCUAGUGAGGAGAACAGUGAGAUGUAUAUUUAUGGUAAAGAUACAUGACUUAGAAGCAGUGGAACAAAUUGUUCAGAAACAGCACUGAAUUUUAGAAGGAAAAGGCUCAUGCUCUCUUGUUUAGGGAAUUGUCUUUGCCAUUUAAACUGAAUGCAUAAAAUCAGGGGGGAAAAAUCUAAGUGGCUAAAGGCUGUGCUAUUCCUAGGAAGAACAUACCGAUCUAGGACACGCAUUUCUCUGGAUUGUUGAUGAUGUGCUUUAUGAAGAAAUUCUAAAUCUUGUUUGCUUCACUUUGUGUGACUUGGGCUCUCUGACCUAGACUUGGUUUUUAUUUUUAAGCUGAAAAAGUUGCUUUUGUCUAUAUAAUUGCUGCUUUUACGUAAUUAGUUUAUUUUCUCCUCUCAGGACAAAUUCUAUCUUGUUCCAUCUUACACCUCUUACAUUUUCUCCAAGAAAGAUGUGGAACAUUUUCAUUAAAUAGCUGUUAAUGAGGCUUCUGCUCUACCUUGCUGUGCACCAGAACGCACAGAGAUGCGCUGACACAUGCCUCUGUGUUUCUCAUUUGCCCUUUGCUCCAUCUCCCUCUACUAAUGACUGAGGUCUCUGAGCUGUCACCUUUACAGCCUUUGCCCUCCAUAGGGCUAAGUGGUGUUAGUAACACCACAGGUCGGCCCGUCUUCAGCAGGCUUCCCCUGAGGCCUCUGUGUUCCACUUCAUCCUUGUCAGCCCGGGUGUUUCAACAUGGUGCCAGAAUUCAAGCAGGCUUCUGAUCAGUCUUGUAAAUUCCAUGAUGGAACCACAAUAAAAGAAUCUACUUUUGCAAUAAGAAUGCUUCCCAGUUUGACAGAAUUUAUAUUGCUGAAACAUUUUUUGGAAAUGCUGUAUGAACUAUUUUGGUCACAGUGGCCUAUAUCAAUGACAUUUUAAAAAGUAAGCUUACCUGUUAACCAGAUUGGUUCCUAUUCCUAGAUAAAUUCCAGGAUGCCUCAGAUAAAAUUCCUAAGUACAAUCACCCACUUCCUUACCAACUAUGAUAGGUUUAGUCAUUCCUUGGGAGAUGUAAGAGGAAAAUUCAGCAGACAUCUACGAAAAGCCUUUGCUAUGAAAAGUAUCCACUACCUUUCAUAUCUGUUUAAUAUUUGAAAUGCUUGAUUAGACACUACCAAUAAGGAUUUGGGGAGUGUGGAAUACCAUUGUGCUGCUUUUCUUUAUUUAGCCACAUUUAUUAAAAUGACUCAACAUCGCAUUCAGCUUUACCUCAGCUCUUCUCGUUAGCCAAGAGCCCAGUGUCCGUGGAAACCGUAACCAAGGUUACUUAUUUCCAUACUGUGUAUUGUGUCAGGCGGCUUCACCCCACUGCUUGAGUGGCGAUUAAUAAGCACUUUUCUUUUCUCGUAUUGUGUUUUGCCUUUAAAAUUUUUAUGACUUAGUGUGUAAUUUAAUUUUUGUCUGGACAUGCUUGAGAUAGAAGUACGGGAUAUUGGGGUAUUUUCCAUGCUUUAUUUUUCCUGUGACUACUAGUUUGCCUUCUACAGGGUUGUAUGUUUUUAAUUAUUUGAAUAUUUAGUGUACAUAUACAUAUUUUGAGGGUUUUUUUUUUUUCAGUCUUGUUUAAAGAUGUCUUCUACUUGCCUAUUUAAUUAGUGUAUUCUCAAGCUUUGAAAAGAUGAUAGGGGCUGUAUGGUACAGAAAUUUGAAAUGCUUGCUUUGCACUGGGGACCACUACAAAAAUUCCCCUUAACACCUUCUCGGUCAAACCCCUUCCUUUGUGAAUGGCUAAUAAACUCUGACAUUUUCAGAGACAUUUGCCAUUCAGAAGGGAGCAUUAUAGACUGCUGUAGACCAUUCCAGCAAAUGUCAGAAUGCAGGGCAAGAUGUGUUUAGCCUGUGGUUUUUUAACGUUUAGGUUACUUAGUAUUUCUUUGGAAAAGUGUGCACCAAAUAACAAUAUUGAUAAGCCCUCUCCUUGCAAGGUCAAACUGAGGAAAUAAAGCUUAAACAGAAUAGCUCUUGGCUGGAAAAUGCCACUUUACAAAUACUUUUCUAACGAAGUAUCAUUAUGACAAAAUUUUUACUUACAUUAUAUGUUGAAGUGAAUAUAGUGUAAGUGGCUAAAAAUAGUAUUCAUGUGUGAUAGCUCAUCAUUUUGUAGCCAUGGGUCCAUAGUGAAAUGGGUUGUCUUGUCUGUGAUGUGCAAUUUGGUCCUGUAUUUUAAAGAUGGUGUGGCUUUUUUCCUUUGUUUACAUUUUAAUAAACAAUUGCCCUAAUUGA